AUGUUUUUCUUAUCCUGGGAUAGUUCAACACAGAAUCCACGAAUAUCAUGUAUACAGCAAUGUCAGACGUGCCUCCAGUUAUUGCCAUUAUCACCCCAAUCAAUAUCAAUAACAGUGUACCUGUGUCCGUCACUCCAUCCCUUUAGAAACAUUUCCCGCGAAACAGCAGCACACACCACCAGACGCAGUAUAAAAAUAACAGUGCAAAACUCAGCAUCAGGAGAGUUACAUAAAACUCUUCAUUAUUUUAUCACUGAUAUGCUAGUACUGUUUUGCCAACAGAAACAAAGAGUAAAUCAGAUACGUUGGACCCAUUAA